AUGAAUACAACGACGAAAAUAUCAAAUGACAAUAGAACUGUAUUUCCUCAAAGACCAUUAAUAGUUGCUGCAUGGGUAGAUCAGGGUAUAGGUGAACCAGGAAUGCACAAAUAUAUAAAAGAACGUUUUGAAACUCUUUCUAGUUUUAUUACACAAUGGUUAUAUUUUGAUUCUUCGGAUAAUUUUACAUCUUAUAUUGAAAACAAUCCUAAUAUUAAAUUAAUUUGUGUUAUGUCUGGUGGAAUGUCUCGUUUAUUAGUACCAAAACUUUCUCAUCUUGCUGCCUUACAUACUGUUUAUGUAUUUUGUGUUGAUAUAGAACGAGCUAAACAAUCAAUGGAAGAUGAAAUUAAAGUUAAAGGUAUAUUUAAUAUAGAGGAUGAUGUAUAUGAAACGAUGGCUGAUGAUUUAUCGAAAUUAUUAGUUGAAGAAGGAAUUGCAUUAGCUCAAUUAGAUGAACGGAAUCUUGCAAGAUUAAAUUAUGAAGAAGCUAAACGAUUGUUAAGUACUCAAGCAAAAAAAGUAAGCUUGGAUGAAGAAAAAGCAAGAAUCGAAGAAAUUGAUAUAAGACUCGAUCAAUUACUUGUUUAA